UCUCAUAAUUAAAAUUAAAAGGUGUGGUUAUAGUGCGUUGGCGCUAGGGGCGCAACUUUGAAAAACGUAGUAUUGAGUCGUCGCUAGUCGCUAAAUUUCCAGACAGUUAUAGCUUGGCGUAGUUUAUGAGUUAUAAUAUCUAGAGUAAUUCCAAGGCCAGGUAGUAAUUGUUGAUUGCAUUGAAGAUUUAAAACAAAGGUACUUGUCUCCAUUGUGAGGCUAUGACAGGAGAAUAACUGGAAUAAAAAAAACAAGGGCUUUAUUGAAGUAAAUAUCACUAAUUUCUAAAGUCUUAAAAAUGCAGACUAUUAAAUGUGUGGUAGUUGGUGAUGGGGCUGUUGGUAAAACGUGUCUUCUGAUCAGCUACACAACCAACAAGUUUCCAUCAGAAUAUGUGCCAACAGUCUUUGAUAAUUAUGCCGUAACUGUUAUGAUUGGUGGGGAACCAUACACUUUGGGACUCUUUGAUACUGCAGGUCAGGAAGAUUAUGAUAGACUACGACCCUUGAGUUAUCCUCAAACAGAUGUUUUCCUUGUGUGCUUCAGUGUAGUGAGUCCAAGCUCCUUUGAAAAUGUGAAGGAAAAGUGGGUGCCGGAAAUAACUCAUCAUCAGCAAAAGACUCCAUUCCUGCUGGUUGGGACGCAGAUAGAUUUACGUGACGAUCCCGCAACUAUGGAGAAAUUGGCUAAGAUAAAACAGAAGCCAGUGUCUCUUGAACAAGGAGAGAAACUCGCUAAAGAGCUCAAGGCUGUAAAAUAUGUGGAAUGCUCGGCUCUGACUCAGAAAGGAUUGAAAAAUGUAUUUGAUGAGGCAAUUCUUGCUGCCUUGGAGCCUCCGGAACCACCAAAGAAAAAGGGAUGCAGGAUUCUGUAAUUUGUGCGGUUAAAUAACAUACACAUGUUAAAACCCUCAAAGCUAUCAAAUGUUUAUAAGCUAUCACUGUAAUAUUCAGCAUAUUUUUAUAAUCUAAUAACAAUUAUUAAAUAUUAUGCCAUAUUUAAAAAUAUUGAAUAUUACAGCUGCAAUUAACUGCUUGUAUCAUAACAUUAUAAUAUCUUAUCGGACCUUAUAUUUGAUGAGCAAGUACGCACUAAAUGUAUAUGAUAAAUUUUAACCAGGAUUGUGAGAAUCCAUUUGCAAAGCUCGCCGGCCAAUAGCAUGAGUGCUUUUUUAACACCUUCGUAUUGUCAUUGAACACUGAUAGUGCCAUGUCUAAUGCAGGGUAGAACAGCAAGGUAGUGCAGUAUUGAUAUUGUUUUAACACUAACUAUGUAAUCAAAUAGUAGGAGUACUGCAUUGUCUAUUGUUUUGCCGCACUGUUCUGCCCUUGUGUGAAACUGG